AUGUCGCGGACACGAGCACCAACCGGACCCACCCCUACCACACCUCUGCGUCGAAUCUCGCGCGGCUCACUUAAUGCGCUCUCACACUCGGCAUCCAAACAGCUCUCUGCCGGUGCGACGCCUCUUUCGUUCUUGCAAGGCGCAAUGACGGAUCUGGCCGAGGAAGUGAGCGUGCUGCAACUCAACCUGGAGAAUGUUGAGGCGGUACACGAGAGUUUGCACAGCUUCAACGAGAACUUCGCUAUGUACAUCUACGGUCUCAAGAUGAACGCUUACUGCGUCGAAUGGCCCGAGGCGCCGUUGCACGACAACUUUGAGCGGGCCGAAAAGCGCAUCGCUCAGCAGGCUCAGCAAUAUGCCGCACAGCAGCACUUGGAUGUUGCUCAGCAACAGCCUUACCUGCAGCAACAACAUCAUCAUCAGCAGCAACAGCAGAUGUAUAACCCAGCAGCAGAUCAGACCUACGUCACCACCGACGAUGAGAGCAUCUACCGCAACGAAGCGCCCAUCGCCGCUCCUGCCGCCAAACCUGCUCUCAAAUCGGCGCUCAAAAAGCCCUCCAAUGCUGCUGCUACCGGUGCUGCCGCCUCCAAGAAACCAGCCACGACAGCGGCAGCUUCCUCCGCAACAGCAGCCAAACCCAAGAUGACGCUAGCACAGAAAAAGAAGCGUGAAGCAUACACCGACGAGAUCAUCGAGACGCUUCCGCUUGAAUACCGCGGUGGAGGAAACGACCCCAAACAGAACGCCAUCGCCAAGCACGUCUGCAUGGCUCUUCUCGCUGCGGGCGACAAAGGUCUGCGAAUCGCCGAGAUUGUCAAGAACCCGGAAAUGUCGCAAGCCAAGAUCAACAAGACGCUGAUUGCGCUCGUGGCUGCCAAACACGUGGUCAAGACGAGCAACAAUGGUAUCGUGUACAGCCUCGAUUCGGCUCGACACCCAGCCCUGCCUUGA